GGCAUGAGAUGCCCAUCAUGGCCCAGGAGCCGGCUGCCCACCCAGCCUGACACAGGUCUCCCCAGCAGCACCCCGUCUUCAGAUGGAAGUGGUUUAUAUGGGAUGUGGUCAACAAGUUCCUGAAGGCAAGCAGUAAGCACAAUAAUGACCCCGUAAAGACGUGCACAUCCAAUCCUCGGAAUCUGAGAACGUGUCACCUCGCAUGGCAAAGGGACUUCGCAGAUAUGAGGGUUUCCAGCUUGGACUUCUUCCCUCCAGAACUGCAAGGUAGUAACUCUGGGUGGCUUUACCCCACUGGCCGGCGGUACUGGCGCAACAGAAACAGGAAACAAGACAGAUUUUUUUUCCCCUAAUCUGAGCUCUGCAAGCGCAGGGUUUGAAUCUGUCGUGUCCGGGGAUGUCCCUCCAGGCAGACGGCAAACUCCCAGUAAGUAUGUGUUGAUGCUUGGAUGUAAAAGGGCUUCAGGCCAGGAAGGCAGCAGCUGAUGGGUCAAGUGAGGCUUCAGAUGUGGUCAGAACAUGUGCAGAGGCCUGCUGCCCACCCCAGCCCUGAGGAGAGGAGGGCUUGGCUCCCGGGGAGGGGCAGUUCCCCUUCCCGUGGGGCUGCUGACGUGACAGCCCAUGACGGGAAAACCAGCCUCCCUGCGGACACACCCUGUGGGUCUCCGUGCUGAGGGCACCGUGUCUCCUCCAUCUGCACAGCCUGGACCACAGGGAGGAGGCGCCAUGACCCCCACCCUCACGGCCCUGCUGUGUCUCGGGCUGAGUGUGGGCGUGAGGACCCAGGUGCAGGCAGGGACCCUCCCCAAACCCACCAUCUGGGCUGAGCCAGGCUCUGUGAUCCCCUGGGGGAGGCCCGUGACCAUCUGGUGUCAGGGGACUCUGGGGGCCCAGGAGUUCCGUCUGCAUAAAGAGGGAAGCCUAGCCCGCUGGGACACACAGCGCCCACUGGAGCCCGGGGACAAGGCCACGUUUUCCAUCUCAUACAUGACAGAGCACAACACAGGGAGAUACCGCUGUUACUAUCACAGCCUCACCGGCAGGUCACAGGACAGUGAUGCCCUGGUGCUGCGGAUGUCAGGAUGGCUGCGUGGCAUCCCCUCCCUCUCGGUGCAGCCGGGCUCCAUGGUGGCGUCAGGACAGAGUGUGACCCUGCUGUGUCAGUCAAGGAUCUCCAUGGACACCUUCCUUCUGUUCAAGGAGGGGGCAGCCCAUCCCCCGCUGCGUCUUAGAUCAAAGUUCCAAGGUGGGCAGUACCAGGCCGAAUUCUCCCUGAGUCCUGUGACCGCAGCCCACGGGGGGACCUACAGGUGCUACAGCUCACUCAACACCUCCCCCUACCUGCUGUCACAGCCCAGUGACCCCCUGAAGCUCCCGGUCUCAGGAGGUGCCCCAGGUCUCAGGUGGUACGUGAACGUUCCGAUCACAGGCUCAGUGGCCUUCGUCGUCAUUGUCCUCCUCCUCCUCCUCCUCAUCCGCUAUCUGUGUCAGGAAAGACGCAGGAAGUCAGAUGCCGCCGAGAACGACACACAGCCUGCGGAGGGGGUGCAGCUGGACCAUUGGGCUGCCCCAUCUACAUGCCCCCAGGAUGUGACCCACUCGACUCUCAGAUGGGAGACGAUUGCAGCCCCUCCAUCCCGGUCGGGGGAGCCCCCGGCAGAGCCCACCUUGUACGCCACACUUGCCAUCCACUAUAUUGCACCAAAGCGCACCAAGAGCCAGGAGCUUCAGCGCAAAUUUAUCCCUAACUGUGGACCCUCAAAGGGCUACAGAGUCCCUGGAAGGAACUCGGACGAAAAGACAGUUGGGCCAGAUAACUUUUACGAGAGCCCCAGCAUCCAGCUAACAAGCUGCAACACCUCGGAUGGGCGUAAACCCCAGAAAAAGCAGCGUGAAGCCGACAGAGAGCAGUUUCACUCUGCCCCUGAGCGAGGGACGCGCGACACCCCGGGCCCCCGGGACGCUGCCCGCGAGGCUCACCUGCAGCGGGCACACGUGGGGGCGGCGCAGAGCGAGGACCAGGGGCGGCGGCUCUCGGCAGCCGGCAGGAUUUGCGGGACUGAGAGGCGGUGCCCAGCCCUGGCACCUGUCCUUCUGAGGGCGGGAGCAGGGGCCAGCGCCCGGCGCCAGCACUGCCGCGCCCCUCCGGGGGACAGGGGCGCCAAGCGCCAGGCACUCCGGAAGCUACUCCCGGGACCAGCCUCUGAGUGGACACACCCUGUAGGUCUGUGUGCUGAGGGCACUGUAUCUCCUGCAUCUGCACAGCCGGGACCACAGUGAGGAGGCGCCAUGACCCCCACCCUCACGGCCCUGCUCUGUCUCGGGCUGAGUGUGGGCGUGAGGACCCAGGUGCAGGCAGGGACCCUCCCCAAACCCACCAUCUGGGCUGAGCCAGGCUCUGUGAUCCCCUGGAAUAGCCCUGUGACCAUCUGGUGUCAGGGGACCCUGGGGGCCCGGGAGUUCCGUUUGGAUAAAGAGGGAAGCAAAAGCCCCUGGGACACACAGCCCCCACUGGAGCCUGGGGACAAGGCCACGUUCUCCAUCCCACACAUGACAGAGCACAACACAGGGAGAUACCGCUGUUACUAUCUCAGUCCCACUGGCUGGUCAGAGCAAAGUGACCCCCUGGAGCUGGUGAUGACAGGAGCCUACAGCAAACCCAGCCUCUCAGCCCUGCCGAGCCCCAUGGUGACCUCAGGAGGGAACGUGACCCUCCGGUGUGGCUCAUGGCAGGGAUUUGACAGGUUCAUCCUGACUAAGGAAGGGGAAGACAAGCCCUCCGGGGCCCUGGACGCACAGCCACAGCCCAGCGGGCAGACCCAGGCCCUGUUCCCUGUGGGCCCCGUGCCCCCCAGCCCCAGGUGGACGUUCAGAUGCUAUGGCUGCUACAGGAGCAAACCCCAGGUGUGCUCGGCCCCCAGUGACUCCCUGGAGCUCCUGGUCUCAGGUGUGUCUGGGAAGCCCUCCCUCCUCACCCCGCAGGGCCCUGUUGUGGCCUUGGGACAGAACCUGACCCUCCAGUGUCGCUCUGAUGUCGGCUACGAAAGAUACGCUUUGUUCAAGGAGGGGGAACAGGACCUCCUCCAGCGCCCUGGCUGGCAGCCCCAGGCUGGGCUUUCUCAGGCCGACUUCCCCCGUGGCCUGGUGAUUCGCUCUGAUGGGGGCCGGUACAGAUGCUACGGGGGACACAACCUCUCCUCUGAGUGGUCGGCCCCCAGCAACCCUCUGGACAUCCUGGUGGCAGGAUGGCUGCGUGACACCCCCUCCCUCUCGGUGCAGCCGGGCCCCACGGUGGCCUCAGGAGAGAAUGUGACCCUGCUGUGUCAGUCAAGUAUCUGGAGGGACACCUUCCUUCUGUCCAAGGAGGGGGCAGCCCAUCCCCCGCUGCGUCUUAGAUCAAAGUUCCAAGGUGGGCAGUACCGGGCCGAGUUCUCCCUGAGUCCUGUGACUGCAGCCCACGGGGGGACCUACAGGUGCUACAGCUCACUCAGCAGUGACCCCUACCUGCUGUCACUCCCCAGUGACCCCCUGGAUCUCCAGGUCUCAGGUGUGUCUGGGAAGCCCUCCCUCCUCACCCCACAGGACCUUGUUGUGAUCUCUGGACAGAGCCUGACCCUCCAGUGUUGCUCUGAUGUUGGCUACAAAAGAUAUGCUUUGUUCAAGGCCAGGGGUCUGGCCCUCCCCCAGCUUCCUGGCCGCCAGCCCCAGGCUGGGCUCUCUCAGGCCGACCCCGCCCCGGGCCAAGUGAGCGGCCUCCACGGGGCCAGCACAGAGGCUACGGGGGACACAGCCCCCCUGCCCACGACUCCAUCUCAGACCCCGAGCCUCUGCGGUCCCAGCUCCCCGGACACUGUCCUAUAGAGAAGCGUCCCGUGUGCGGGCUCUGCUCUGCACGGCCCUCCUGCGCUCGCCCGGGGGCCUUCCUGCCGCUCUGCUCCUGGUGCACGGAGACUCAGCAGGGCCCGGGCAGGGUCGCCGGGGGGGCGCGGGGGGGACAGCACAGCACGUCUGUGUGCGCUCCUGUCUGCUCUGCUCCUGUGCGCGCACUUUUACUGCUCUCUCCUCUUUUGAGAACUUUUCGGCAAUGCUUGCUGAUAUAAAUAAACAAAUCUGUGCAAAAAGACAGAGAAAGACGAUGAUGGGGGCCUCCCUCCUCUGUCCUGUAAACGCUGUUGUGUCUCAAAUGCGCUCAGUGCCGAAUGUCAGCCCCCUUCUCCUCUGUCCCCCUCCCUAAGCCCCACAGGCAUGGCCUGGUUCCUUACUGCUGAGACCUUUCUGGAGACCUGCCUCCUUACCACCUGUUUAUUUCAAGGAAUUGACCCGCCCAGCUCUAUAUGCAUUAGUUUCCUCCCUGUCUCACCUGCGUGUCUGCCCAUAUAGAGACACACACACGUAUGUAGUCUAUACGUGGGUCCAGAGCUUAAUACAGAUGCACACGUUGACGUGUAACUUCAGUGUUUCCUGGAUACAUGUGUACUUAUGUGUUGCAUGUAAUAUAUACAAUGUAACACAUUUUAAUAAAAAUGCACGUAAAUAUGUAUCUUUUAUCUACAGGUAAGUAUAUACCUCAUAUAUAAACACCACACUUAUUCCUCCACUUCAACAUCUACAGAUAUUUGUCCAAAACUCUGUAUCUUCCAUCUCGUAUGUUGCCAUGUUGGUUGUGGUCUCCCAUGUAUUUCACCCCCCGAGAAGGCAGGAAUAAGCCUUUUAGUACCUGUUGCUGUUACACCACUUGUAGAAAAUAGGUAUUUGCAAGAGUGUGUGUAUGUCUCACUCUAAUAUAUCUAACUGCAUGAAGAAUAAUUUAAUAAAAGAAUAAAUGGAUGAAAGGAGCACAGAGGGAGCCUGGCCGGGCAGAGACAGGGCACGUCACAGGGCCGUGUGAAAGUUGUGCUGUGAGAACUGGGGGCACCGACAACACAGACCCCAGGACAAGGGCUGUGUCUCCCCGACUCCUCACUCACCCCCACUGUGUGAUUCUCAGGAGCAGCUGACACCACCCACCCAUCACAAAACACGUCAGCCCCCACAAGUGGCUCACGCCCCCAGGACUACACAGUGGGGAAUCUCAUCCGCAUGGGUGUGGCUGCCUUGAUCCUGGUGGGCCUCGGGAUCCUGCUGGUUCAGGCUCGAC